CAAUCAGGCUAGCACAAAAAUAAGAAAAGAAAAUUAACAGCUAUGAAGGAGAACACCAAGUUUAUUGUGGCAGAAAUAAACAAGCUGUUAGGUCAUAAUUACAAUGUAAUUUAUUUUAAUUCUUUGAGGCCAGAGGAGUUGUUGCAAGUGUUGAAAGAAGUGUUAAUGAAGAUUCAGGAACAGAGUGACACUAGUAUUGAUACAAAAAAUGUAACCCCUGAGGAGACCUCGAUUUAUAUCCUUUCUGUUCUUCGUGUGCUUCAUUACCACCCUCAGGUAGAUCCUGCAAGCUUUAGACAAGGUCUGAUUCGAGGAGAUCCUGAUACCAUUCAUCCUAUUUUGACAUGGCUUCUGUCCCAUGCAGAUACUGUUCAAAAGAGGGUUUAUUUGUCUCGUUUCCUAGUGAAGGUGGAAGUUCCUGGCGUAUAUUUGAGCGAUCCGGAGGUCUCCUCUUUGUACGAACAAUACACAGCUCUAAUCGAUAGAUUUAAAGUGGUGCACAAGGAAAGAGAGAUAGGGAGAAAGAAUUUCGAGAACGCCAGUGAACUUACUGCAGAUUUGAAAACGAUGGAGAAAGAGAAAGAAGCGGUGACGAUACGUAUUGAGAAAAUGAGAGCCAAAGCGGAAGUAGGGAUUCACUUGUUGGACGCUGCUCAUGCAUUGCGCAUAGAAAAAGACAAAGAACGCGAUCUCGUAUUGCAAGAGGAGCAAGAAAAAGAAAUAACAUCUAGAUUAGAAACUUCUUUACAAAGAUUAGAAAAAGAGCUACAAAUUUUAAAAAAAGAUGAAAAUGAAGUUACUGUACAGACAUUGUUGCAACAUUUGUACGAAGUGAUAACUGUUCAAACGAUAAUGACCAAUGAAAACUUGCCAGCCGGGAUACACGAGAAAAAAAGCCGCAUGAAAGCGCUGAACGCUGUGAAGCAAUAUUCUUAUUUAGGUCCUGAACAGAUAAACGCUCUAAGAAAUAAAUUGGACGCCGUAGCUAAGGAGAUUCAAAAUUUGGUGGAGUCCAAAAUCUCUAAGAGUAAUAUUGAUAAAAUCGAACCGUUCAGACAGCAAGCAGCUGCUGUGGCGAAUAUCAAGAGAAAUGUGCUGGAAAAAUUGGAAAAGUCGGAGAAUUCUUUGCAAGAAUUGCUGUUAAAACUGAAAGUGAAACAAGAAUUAUCAAAAUUGGUAGUAGAGGAUGUGAUUCCUAAGGGGGAGGAAUUGAAGAAGUACAUAAAUCGUUUAAAAACUAGAGGUACACUCUAUAAACAUUGUAAAGCUGAAUUGGCAUGGCUUAAUGCAGAGAACAGUGUGCUUCAUCGAACGACCGCCAUUUUGGAAGAUCAGUUUAAUCAGUGUAACCAGGCACGAGAGAUAUUAAAGACUGUGAAGAAGAAUACUUCGGAUAAUUUCUCGGCGGAAAAUGCAUCUUCGAUCAAUCUUCAAUUAUGUCGAGAUAUAUCUACUUUUCGAACGAGAUUGAUCCCAUUAAUAAAUGAAAUUCAAAUGUUGAGAGAGAAGCACCGUGAAUUCGAAAGUGAGCAGGAAAAAGCAAAAAAAGUGCAGAUUGAAGUAGAAUCUAGCAUGAGUGUCUCUAUUAACGAUUUGCAGUCUGAACUUGAGGACAGAAAAGCAAAACUAGUAAAGGAAACUGAAGGAAAGGAGAAGCUAGAGAAAUCUAUAACUAAAAUGAAGACUAUGGAAGAGAGAAUAAAACGUGAUAAGGAGGAUCCUUCAGUAUCUGACCCCGGAAAAAGCAUCAAAGAAGAAUUAAAUUCUACUAUCCAAGCUGAAGAAGCCAAGAUUAAAAGUUUGAUGCUGGAAAAGGAGCAUUUAAAGGAUACUGUCAUAUCAAAGGAAAAGCAAAUGCAAAUGUGGAACGAUGUAUUAUCAGUGUUUGAACGUAAAAUGAAAUGUGCAGAAGAAAACAAACAGUCCAAUGGCAUAGUUGUACGACGAGGAGGAGCAGAAACCUUGGUUUUACAAUAG